GUCCCCGCAGCCCCCGCCUCCAGGACGAGGCAGCCGAGAGGCGAGCUCCGCGCUGCUCAUCCUUCUCAAUUCCGAGAAAGAAGGAACCGGCGACUGCCGGACCGGGUUGGAGGAGGCGCUGGCGCCUCUCAGGCGCCGUAGGAGCCUGGUGCGUCCUUAGCUACCGUUAGCGCGGGCUUCCCCACUCAGGCUCGCUAACUCCCGUCCACAGGAGCCAGUGGUUGGCCUAUGGGACCUGUCAAUCGGCGUGAGUUGCUCUACGAUUGGCCGGCAGGACUGGAGGGGAAGAACGGUUUCCUCGUGGCGGGGUACUCGGUCGGGUGUCGUUCGUCGGCUCCAGUUGACGGCUGUUCCACGGCCUACCAUCUCUCAAUGGAGGACAGAGGCUCACCCGCCUUGGAAAAGGACUGGAGGUGUCUGUGUGGGAACCCAUCCUCGUUGGCACCCUCUGAGGGCCCUGCUGUGCAGACCUCCCCCCAGCUCAGCAAGUCUGUGUCCUCGGCCCACAGACACCUGAACAGAAGGAAUGGGCUCUCGAAACUCUGCCAGAGCAGGAUGGCACUCUCUGAAGACAGAUGGUCCUCCUAUUGUCUCUCGUCAUUGGCUGCCCAAAACAUCUGCACAGGGAAAGUGCAGUGCACAGCCAUGGCCGAGCAGGCGGACCCAGCCGGGUUCCUGGGCAGCAUGUCCUGCUGCUCAUUGCUGCGUGGCUUGUCCUCUGGGUGCUCCACACCCCUGCUCCCAGCCCCUGCGGGCAACCCCAACAAGGCCAUCUUCACGGUGGAUGCCAAGACUUCAGAGAUCCUGGUUGCCAACGACAAUGCUUGCCGGCUCCUGGGGUACAGCAGCCACGAUCUCAUCGGCCUGAAGCUCACGCAGUUCUUUCUGAAGCCAGACUGCGAUGUGGUGGAAGCGCUCAGCGAGGAGCAUGUGGAGGCUGAUGGCCAUGCUGCCGUGGUGUUUGGCACAGUGGUGGACGUUGUGAGCCGAAGCAGUGAGCGGAUCCCAGUGUCCGUGUGGAUGAAGAGGAUGAAGCAGGAGCCCCGCCUGUGCUGUGUGGUCGUGCUGGAGCCAGUGGAGAGGGUCUCAGCCUGGGUCUCUUUCCAAAGUGAUGGAACGAUCACAUCGUGUGACAGUGUCUUUGCCCAUCUGCACGGCUACGAGUGUGGAAACGAGGUGGCUGGGCAACGCAUCACAGACCUGAUCCCUUCCGUGCAGCUCCCUGCACCUGGCCAGCCUCUCCCACAGAAUCUCAAGAUUCAGAGGUCUGUCGGAAGAGCCAAGGAUGGUACCACCUUCCCUCUGAGCUUAAAGCUGAAACCUAAGCCCAAUAGCAAGGAGGCAGAAGCCGGCCAGGCGGCCCCUGAGCAAGGUUACUCGGCGUCCAUCUGGGUGUUCUCCACCAUCAGCGGCCUUAUCACCCUCCUGUCGGAUGGGACCAUCUAUGGCAUCAAUCACAGCUUUGCACUGAUGCUGUUUGGUUAUGGGAGGACCGAGCUCCUGGGCAAGAACAUCACUUUCCUGAUCCCUGGUUUCUACCGUUGCAUGGACCUUGUAAAUGAGGGCUCCUUACCACUGCCAGACCUGGUCAGCCGCCUGGACAUGGGAAACAGGAGUGAGCCUGGGGAAACGACCGUGGACCCCCUGCAGGGCUGGAGCACGGCUGAGGAUCCAGGGAUUAAUGUCAUGCUCGCUGUUGACCACAUGCUGCCCCCAGACAGGACCCCAAAGCCAGCGGGAAGCCAAGAAGUUGUCACAGGGACCCAGACCCAAGUGGACACUGGAGUCCGGCUCCCUUCUCCCCUCUCAUCUCUGCCCACUCUGGGGGGGGACAGCAUCCCAGGAGGAAGCCCACCAGCCCAGGAACAGUCAUUGCCUGAGGACCAGUGGAACAUUCCAGAAGGAAGCCCACCAGCACAGGAACAGUCAUUGCUUGAGGACCAGUGGAACAUUCCAGAAAGAAGCCCACCAGCCCAAGUAUCGUCAUCGCCUGAGGACCAGCAGGACAUCCCAGAAGGAAGCCCACCAGCCCAUCGCCAGUUGUCAUCACCUGAGGACCAGCAGGACACUGUCUUGGAGAAGCAGGAACCUACAGGAACAGAGAGCCUCAGACAGGAGCUUUUGAGGGGAAGCAGGUCUGCCUCAGUGGACAUAAGACCCUUUGCUUCCUGUGAAGAUUCUGAAGCUCUGACCCCAGCUGAGGACAGGAGCUGGGGUGAAGUGUGUGGACUGUCCCAGGCAGCACAGCUGGAGUGCAUGGGUUUGAGCACUGCCAACCAUCAGGCUGAUGCUGCGGGACAGCUAGCAGAGGUGGGCCUCCCAGUGCUGCACCCUGGGUAUGGGGCUGAGUGGAGCACACCCCAGGGGAGCCCAGCUACAGCCGCCAGUCCCUCGGGGCCCUCGGGGACAGCGCGACUCUCAUGUUCCAUACCUUUGGAGGAGCAGUGGCUGGGAGCGCAGGAUGACAGGGAGGAGCUGCAGACUUGCUUACUGAAGGAGCAGCUGUCCAAGUCGAGCUUUGGGAGACCUCAGGAUAUCUCCUCCAUUGAGCUGGUCCCGGCGGAGCAUACUGCCUUCUCCACCCCUGUGUCGCUGUGUGACCUGGGAGGCAGAGACCUGUACAGCGGCCACUCCGGCAGCUCCUCAGCCUACUAUGCCCUAGCCACAGACCUCCCCGGUGUCUUGGACACAGUGGAGGCCCCAGAGGCUGAUGGAAAUUCCUUUUUAUGGAACCUCAGGGAAGUGUUUUACAGCCGGUGGACAGACCGAACUUCUUCCAACUGUUCCUGUGCCUCAUCUGAGCUCGUGGGGACAGCCUCCCCUUCACUGGCUGGCUCCGAUGUGGAUGUGAGCACUUUGCAUGGGCACAGGGCAGAGGUUCUGGAUGAUAGGGAGCUGUUGUUGCUGACUGGCACCUAUUUCAAUCUUGGUGAAGGCCGGCAGUUCUGUGAGACCCAUCUGGGCCUUAAUCAGAGAGAACCAUCUGACACCUCAGAAUGUGAAGACGUGAGUGGCAGAGAGAGCCCUGGCUGUGUCCUUCCCAGGUUGGAAUCCAGCCCCAUGGACAUGUGCCCGUUAGAGGAGCCCAGGUCAAGCAUCCAGGUCACCUCCACGCCUGUGAGAGGGGAUAGCUCGGCGACAUCCGGGACCACUAGCCUGCAGCAGGAAAUCCAGGAGGGCACCUACUUGGGGAGCUGCUGCCACAGAGACGGCUCACUGCUGAGUGUUCAGUUUGAGGUGAAGCGGGUGGAGCUCCAAGGCCCUGCUCCCCUGUUCUGCUGCUGGCUGGUGAAAAACCUCCUGCACGGCCAACAGGCCUCGGCCACUCAUACCCAACUGCUGCUGGCCAGCCUGCCCAGCUCCACGCACUCCGCGUGUGAGCAUCCUGGACCCAGCCCAGGGGAGAUGCUCAGAAGCAGACCGUGGUUUGAGGAGCCACCCAAGGCAGGGGAGUUGGAGGGGCUGGCAGCCUGUGAGGGUGCAUACUCUCACAAGUACAGUACGCUGAGCCCACUGGGCAGUGGGGCCUUUGGCUUCGUGUGGACUGCUCUGGACAGGGAUCAGAAUAAGGAGGUGGUGGUGAAGUUUAUUAAGAAGGAGAAGGUUCUGGAGGAUUGUUGGAUCGAGGAUCCCACACUUGGAAAAGUUACGUUGGAGAUAUCGAUCCUGUCCAGGGUGGAGCACGCCAACAUCAUAAAGAUCCUGGACAUAUUCGAGAACCAGAGCUUCUUUCAGCUGGUGAUGGAGAAGCAUGGCUCUGGCCUGGACCUCUUUGCGUUCAUCGACCACCACCCCAGCCUGGAUGAGCCGUUGGCCAGUUACAUCUUCCGACAGCUGGUGUCGGCAGUGGGGUAUCUCCGCUCGAAGAGCAUCCUUCACCGGGACAUCAAGGAUGAGAACAUCGUCAUUGCCGAGGACUUCACCAUUAAGCUCAUAGACUUCGGCUCCGCUGCCUACUUGGAAAGGGGCAAACUGUUCUACACCUUCUGUGGGACAAUCGAGUACUGUGCGCCCGAAGUUCUCAUGGGGAAUCCUUACAAGGGUCCGGAGCUAGAGAUGUGGUCCCUGGGAGUCACGCUGUACACGCUCAUCUUUGAGGAGAACCCCUUCUGCGAGCUGGAGGAGACCCUGGAAGCUGCAAUAAACCCCCCGUACUUGGUGUCGGAAGAUCUCAUGAACCUCAUGUCUGGGCUGCUGCAGCCUGUCCCCGAGCGGCGCACCACCUUGGAGAAGCUGGUGACAGACCCUUGGGUUACCCAGCCCGUGAACCUUGCAGACUACACCUGGGAGGAAGUGUGUGGAAUAAACAAGCCAGAAAGUAGAGUCAUGUCCACUGUGAGUCUGGAGGUGGAGAGCAGGAGCCCCAGUGAAGUGGCUCAGCAUCCGGAGCUGGCGGCGCCCCCUAAUAGUCCUCAUCCAUCCAGGAAAAGUAAUUCUCAAGAUUGAGCCCAAUUCACCUAAAAACUCAUGUGCAUUUGAUAAAUGCUAGAACAAAAGCCAGUGGUGCUAUAUUACUUUAGGUUUAUAAAAUAGACACGGAGUUCAUUUUUUUCAUGGCCUUGGAAAAACAUUGUAGAGUUCAGUACUAUGAAAGGACUUUGAAUCUGUGAACUUCUGAA